AUGAAGUCUUCUCCCUCAGUGUGGAGCGCAGUCGCCAGCCUUGUCGCUGGUGCACUUGCCAACAAGGAGAUCCCUGUGGAUGCUGAAAGGGCGGCAGAGUUGUACGACAAUGGUGCUAGACAUGAGCACAUUAUGCAGCUCAAGGCUAAAGUCUGGGCCGACCUUGAUGCUCAAGGUGUAUUUGACUCGACUCAGUACACCUCUUUCAACAAGGAUACGGACUACGUAGCAUGUGACAACGGCUACGCAUCCUAUGUCCCUGGAGAUGCCAAGUACACCUUCAAGUGCCAGGACCUUGAUCUGUACGAUUUCAAGACACACGCAGAGCUUGGUAGCGCCUACGGUCGUGGUGCCGGGUCCUGGGGUUGGACCAGCCCAGAGGGGCGGGAGUUCGUUGGCAUUGCCCAGGAAGACGGCACAUCAUUCUCUGAGGUGUCUAAGGAGGGUAAGCUGAUCUACCUUGGAAGAUUGCCUCAGUACACAACCGCACAGCCGUCUCUGUGGCGCGAGAUCAAGGGCUACAAGAGCUAUCUCGUCAUCGGAAGUGAGGCGGUCGACCACGGUGUCCAGAUCUUUGACCUGAGAAAACUUCUGGACGUUGAUCCUGCGAGCCCCAAGAUCUUCAGCAACGAGAACGACCUCGAUGGCUGGUGGAACGAGGAGCUCCCAUUGGGCAGAUCCCACAAUGUCAUCACCAACGAGGAGCGAAACUACGGUGGCGCCACCGGAUUCCAGCCCCGCGAUGGUCCUCUCGCCGCUGGUCUCGUCUUCUUCGACCUGACGGAUCCCUCCAACCCAGUUACCCUGGGAGGCAGUGGAGAAGAUGGGUACGUCCACGAUGCUCAGUGUCUUGUCUACCGCGGACCCGACAAGAAGUACGUGGAGCGUGAUAUCUGCUACGGCUACAAUGAAGAUUCUUUGACCAUCUACGAUGUCGAAGACAAGUCCAACAUUACGAUUAUCUCCAGGAUUUCCUACGAAACAGCCCAGUACACUCACCAAGGUUGGGUCCUCGACCCUCAGUGGCAAAACUACAUCAUCCUCGAUGAUGAGUAUGAUGAGGUCGAAGUGCGAGACAACGGCGGCAUUGCUUACCCAGUCUCAUACAUUUGGGACAUCAGCUCUUUGGAAAACCCCAAGCUUACAGGCCAGUACACCGGCCCUAGGUCUGGUAUCGACCACAACCAGUUCAUCAUUGAUGGCUUUGCCCACCAGAGCAACUACGCCCUUGGUUACCACGUCCUGGAUGUCCGCUCCAUCCCUGAUGACCCCACUGGCAAGAGCAUCAAGCAGGUUGCCUACUUCGAUAUCCACCCUGAGGACGACAACCUCCCUGGAGGAGGAAAUGUCACCUUCACCGGAACAUGGAGCCACUACCCUUACUUCAAGAGCGGUUAUGUUGUCAUCAACACCAUGGACAGGGGUGCCUUUGUCGUGAAGAAGAGCAAGGACGCCCAGUGGUAA